GUAAUAAUAAUAAUAAUAAUAAUAGGAAAGACUUAGAAUACGUUGAGGCUGCUUUAAUACUUUAUUAGGUCUUGUAAAGUACAGUUAACGCAACGCCAAAGGGCGGGUCGAAAAAGAUUUCAAAGGUCGGCUUUUGAAAUUCCAAUGGGCGGUUUUUUCAAUCUCAAAGGGCGGCUAUUUAAAUGAGUACGCAUUUUUUUAUGAAGAUGGGCAGGAGAGAAUUGUUGACGAGGAAGGGCGCGAUGCAAUGGAAUGGGAAUAAGAAGUUCACCCACAUCACCUAGAAACGUUAAUCCGCCUAAGGCUUUAUUGUGAAAAGCAGGGUCUAGAGCAAAACUCGGUUGAUGAAGGUUUAGAUGCUGAAAUGGAGGAAGCUUCAAGAGUAGUAAAAACGCAGAAAAAGCAUUACAAUGGCUACUUCAGCGAACAAAAACUUCUUUUUGUCUAUUACAAUAGGGUAAAGCUAUUCAAUGCUGCUAAAUCUGGUAGAUUAGCUAGAGGAAUUGCUGAACUAACAGCACAGAAAUGGGCCAAGAGACUCAAAGAAGACAAAGAUUGGAACAUCUUGGAAAAACAAACUAACAAAGUCAAUAGGCCGAAGGCGCAGCUUGAUAAAAGACAUAAGAUUCAUCUACUCAACUUUUAUGAUAAUAAGCCUCAAGUCAGGAUUGUUGAUGCAGUUGCUUCGCUCAUUUCUGUUCCAUGCAUUUGACACUGAUACUCUAACCAUUAAUGAUAUAUAGGCAGAUCCGGUAGAUGAUUUUUAAUUGGGCCUAAAGCAUCCACGCCAUUCAAUGCUUUCAAGAUAGCUUGUUCACCUGUCAAUCCACCUGUGACAGUUGCAAUCUUUCGAUUGAUUUUAUUUGGUAAUCUAGCGUUUGCAGCAACUUAAUGUUCCCCAACAAAGCUCUCCUUAUAGUUUCUUGGCCAUGGGGCCGUUAGAUCCAAAAAUCAAAAGUUUCAUUUUGUAUGUUAAAAUACAAUUAUAUAUUGAGUAAAGAGAAGUAGUUGGAUGGGGGCACAGCUUUUAUGUGUGAAGCAAAAAUGAGACUAGACUACAAAUAAUCCCCGUUGCUGGUGUGGUAAUUGGUAAGGUAAAUAUAAUAAAAAAAAGGGAGUCAAGUAAAAGUACUGUGAGACUGGAU